AUAAAAAUUUUUUCAUUCUCGGUAAAAUCAGUUUUCGUUCAAUUACUCACAAUUUGUAAAGGCAUCGACAGAACGAGCUACGAACGAAUAUGGCUCAAGAUUUUACACCACAAAUAUCAGGUGCAUCAUUAUCCACUUCUCAGUCCAGAGUGGAACUCGGAAAACAUGGAGGUCUAACUCGAGAGGGUUUAAAUGAACUGCUAGAUGAGGAACUAGAAUUAUCUAAAGCCCAGAGGAAGCUUUUGCGCCAUUACGGCAUGAAGAUAAACCAAAAAAGAAAGAAGAAGAAACAAAAUGAACUCGACUUACAAAUUAAUGAUAUUAUCGAAGUUAAACGAGAAUGGGCAAAACCCAUAGGACUAUUCCUCGUGUGGUUUUUAUGUACCUUGCAAUUUCUUAUCUACAGAGAUUUGCCAAAUAGUCAAAAACUAAUCGCAAUUUUGCCAAAUGAAACGCUAGAACUAAUUGUGCCCGAUAUAGCCGAUGUAACCAAUACAAUUUCGCUGUCAAUUAAAGGACCCUUCCUGUCUGAUGGCGAUUUGCGGUAUGCGAAGCGCGAAAGUGAAGCGAGAUUUGUCUACUUGCAGGCAAUGCGCACAUUUUACGAUGAAGAGGGAACGCCUAUCAUUACAGUGCAGAUUGCAAACGUGUGGCGUGAAUAUAUCGACUUGAGCAAACCCAUAGAGAUGAUUAGCCCAGACGAGCGUUAUGUCUUGCUGAAUGUGUGGAAAAAUAUUUCCAAAGAUGAAAAUACCCAAGUACGGUUGCGCUUAUACACCGAUCUCGAUGUGAUUGUAACGUUGAAAUACAACUACGAUUGGUUUCCUGUGCCGGCAAGCCAAGGCCUACUCUACGCCGUACUUGUGCUGGCACUACUCUACGUAUUGUAUAUUUUCGAAAUAACUAACCCCACGAUUGCAUCGUUAAUAUGCUCAACAUUCGCCUUGGCCAUAUUAUCGGCGCUCAUACCGAUUCCCAGUUUCGACAUGAUAAUGCUAUGGAUUGAUAUGCCUAUGCUGUGUUUACUGUUCAGCUUAAUGCUCAUUGUGUCCGUAAUAUCCGAUUCUGGGGUAUUCGACUUUGCGGCCGUCUACGCAUACCAAAUAUCUCGCGGUCAAAUUUGGCGUCUCAUCUUCUAUCUGUGCAUCUGCAUCAGCGUUAUGUCGGCUUUUCUCAACAACAGCACUACGAUGCUACUCGCCACGCCGAUCAUUAUUAAACUGUGCGAGGUCUCCGGCUACAAUCCAGUUUAUGUGCUUACCUAUUUGUUGAUUUGUGCUAAUAUCGGUGCCGCAUUCACACCGCUUGGCAGUCCACCAAACAUCAUCAUCACAACUAAUCAGUAUUUGAUGCGUAAAGGCAUUGUCUUCAGUAAUUUCGUCAUACAUUUGGCACCGUGCACGUUUUUGGUAUUAUUGCAGACACACUGGCAGUUGCGUUACUAUUUCAGGCAUACCGAUUUGAUCGGAUAUAAAGAGAGUUCGAUUAUACGCGCAGAACGCAUCAAACGUGGCAUAGAGCGUUGGUCACGCGCAUCGAGUAAUGUGGGCAAUGUACUGCAUGACGAUAAAAAGGUACGCAAUAUAAUGCUGCGUGUAGUUGAAACAUUUCGUGACGAAUAUAUAGAGGAUGAACAGCCUCAGGCUCAGCCUAAGCCACCCGUUGUCGAUUCGAAAUUCAAUUUUGAAGAGGCACUUAAAAUGUUGAAGGCUCAUCAUACAUCCAUCGACAAAGUCUUGCUCAUCAAAAGUGCCAUAGUCUUAGUUUUUAUAAUCAUCAUCUACUUGCUAGGCACCUACGAUUACUUCAAUAUGGUUAGUUACUCUUGGACAGCCGUGCUGGGUGCUCUACUAUUACUCAUACUGGCGGAGGUUAAUGAUUUUGAGGCACUGCUGUGUCGCAUUGAAUGGUCAACACUAAUGUUUCUUUCCUCAUUUUUCGUUCUAAUCGAGGUACUUUCGAAGAUGGGCUUUGAGCAUUUGCUUGAGGGCAUUGUUACGAAGGCGAUUACGAAUACGGCCGAGCGGUAUCAGCUACUCGUGGCGCUUAUGCUUGUACUCUGGAUAACAGCCUUGUCGUCAAGCUUUCUCAACAACAAUCCCGUCACCCAAAUGAUGGUGCGCAUAGUGAUAUCUCUGGGCCAGAAUCCGAACUUGACUUUGCCAUUGCAACCGCUGGUGUGGGCGCUUGUGUUGGGUGCCGCCUUCGGUGGCAAUGGCACAAUCAUUGGCGCUUCUGCGAAUAUUGUAACGGCUGGCGUGGCAAACAGGCAUUUGUACAAACUCACAUUUCGUUCGUAUUUUCUAAUAGGUUUUUCAACUAUGCUCGGUAAUGUUCUUGUUGCAUCUUUGUAUUUGAUUUUGAUGCACGUCGUGUUUAAAUGGGGUAAUAAAUAAAUGAGCCAAAGAAGAAAUAA